UUGCUAAACGGAGUACAGUUUCAAAUUCUCGUCCAAAACUAGCCCAAUCUAAAGUAUUUGUGUCACCCUGGUCUCUUCUCAGUUCAUUUUGCUGUACAUGAUCAGCGGCCCUACUCUUCCUUUUCCCCCCGAACAGCGGAUCAACAAACCUGGAAAAUGGGUCGUGUUAAGUGUUCGGAGCUGCGGACCAAGAACAAGGAUGAGCUGACCAAGCAAUUGGACACGCUCAAGACGGAACUGGCUUCGUUGCGCGUGGCCAAAGUCACGGGUGGAGCCGCCUCCAAGCUGUCCAAGAUCCGCGUGGUUCGAAAGUCCAUCGCUCGCGUGUACAUCGUCAUGCACCAGAAGCAGAAGGAGAACUUACGGAAACUGUACAAGGGCAAGAAGUACGUUCCCAUUGACUUGCGUAUGAAGAAGACUCGCGCCAUGCGAAAGGCUUUAACCAAGCACGAGGCCGGCCUCAAGACGGCCAAGGAGCAGAAGAGGCUGCGCGCAUUCCCUCAGAGGAAGUUCGCCGUCAAGGUCUAAACCAAUCGCCAUGAUCGUCUCUUUUCCCUGAUGCCGUUAUUACUACACAAUAAACCCUAAAAAACUAA